GCAUCGGGGUCCUGACGGUGUGAAGAACGUAAGAGGCCGAACCGCUCCCCUACUGCUAAGCGAAACAUAGUCCUCGCGGCCGGCGGCUCUCUGAGAGGAAAAGAAGUGAGCCAAAGAGAGCCUAGGGACGCGCGCCGGGCUGUUCGAGCACCCGCGGGUCCUGUCGCUGACUUAAACCGGCCCGGGAAGCGGGGCGGCGGCUGUGUCAAGCGGCGGAGGAAGACGAGAGCGAAGGGUGUGUGUGGCCCGUAUAUUGCCCGCCUAGAGAGGCUUGAAGGGGAGUGGGCGGGGGUGGGGGUGGGGGAGAGUGGAAGUAGUUCCGGCAGCACCUUGGCCGUGUUGCCUAAAAAUAGCGCCCCGUGGAUAUCCGUGCGCCGGUGUCAGUGUCUCCGGAGGAGCGUCAGUUAGGGAGGCGGCGGCAGGAGCAGCGGAGGAAGAAGAAGGAGGCGGCGGCGGCGGCGGCGAGAGAAGAAGGAAAGAGGCAAACGGGCUUUCGUUACAACUGCACAGUGCAUGGUCGUGGAAAAGAAUUUAGGCUUUAGUCCUGGAAGACAACUAUCUAUCAUGUGCUAGGAUACAAAGUUUGUGGAUACUUUUACUUGUGUGCUUCUGGAUUAUAAAGAAGGAAAGUGAAAAUGGGGAGGAAGAAAAUACAGAUCACAAGAAUAAUGGACGAACGGAACAGACAGGUGACCUUCACAAAACGGAAGUUUGGAUUAAUGAAGAAAGCCUAUGAACUGAGUGUGCUUUGUGACUGUGAAAUAGCACUCAUCAUUUUUAACAGUUCUAACAAACUCUUUCAAUAUGCCAGCACGGAUAUGGACAAAGUUCUACUCAAGUAUACAGAAUACAACGAACCCCAUGAGAGCAGAACCAACUCUGAUAUUGUCGAGACUUUAAGAAAGAAAGGCCUUAAUGGUUGUGAGAGCCCUGAUGCUGACGAUUACUUUGAGCACAGUCCACUAUCGGAGGACAGAUUCAGCAAACUAAAUGAAGAUAGUGAUUUUAUUUUCAAGCGAGGCCCUGCUCUGAACAAGAAGGAAAACAGAGGGUGCGACAGCCCGGACCCUGACACUUCAUAUGUGCUCACGCCACAUACAGAAGAAAAAUAUAAAAAAAUUAAUGAAGAGUUUGAUAAUAUGAUGCGGAAUCAUAAAAUCGCACCUGGGUUACCUCCGCAGAACUUCUCAAUGUCGGUCACUGUUCCUGUGUCCAGCCCCAAUACUUUAACCUACAGUAAUCCUGGGAGUUCCCUUGUAUCCCCAGCACUGGCAGCAAGUUCUACCUUGACAGACUCUACCAUGCUGACCCCUCCUCAAGCCUCAUUGCAUCGAAAUGUGUCACCAGGAGGUCCUCAGAGACCACCAAGUACAGGCAGUGCAAGUGGUAUGCUGUCCACAACAGAUCUGUCAGUGCCAAAUGGAGCUGGUUCAAGCCCAGUGGGAAAUGGUUUUGUGAAUUCACGAGCUUCACCUGGCCUGCUUAGCAGCACCGGGGGUGGGAAUGGCCUAAGCAAAGGGAUGCCUACGAAAUCUCCCCCUCCCCCUGGCGGGGGCAACCUUGGAAUGAACAGUCGCAAGCCAGACCUCCGGGUUGUCAUCCCUCCCUCUAGCAAAGGCAUGAUGCCUCCAUUGAACACACAGCGGUUAAGCAGCUCUCAGUCUACGCAACCUCUUGCAACACCAGUUGUGUCUGUGACAACUCCAAGCUUGCCCCCACAAGGAUUGGUGUACUCUGCAAUGCCUACAGCUUACAACACUGAUUAUUCCUUGACUAGUGCAGACCUGUCGGCCCUGCAGGGUUUUAACUCCCCAGGAAUGCUGUCAUUAGGACAAGUAUCUGCCUGGCAACAGCAUCAUCUAGGACAAGCAGCCCUCAGCUCCCUUGUGACUGGAAGCCAGUUAUCUCAGGGUUCCAACUUAUCUAUUAACACCAACCAAAACAUUAACAUCAAGUCCGAGCCAAUUUCGCCUCCUCGAGACCGAGUGACCCCAUCCGCGUUCCCCCAGCAGCAGCAGCAACAGCAGCAGCAACAGCAGCAACCUCAGCAACAAUCACGUCAGGACAUGGGCCGCUCUCCCGUCGACAGUCUCAGUAGCUCCAGCAGUUCGUACGAUGGCAGCGACCGGGAGGACCCGAGGAGUGACUUCCACUCGUCGGUUGGACUGGGAAGGCCCCCCAAUUCAGAAGACAGAGAGAGCCCGACCGUAAAGCGGAUGAGAAUGGAUACUUGGGUGACAUAAGCUUCCCAUUCUCCCUUUUCUCCCUUCCGUUUCUACUUUUGAGUUAUCCCAAUGAACAGUCCUGACAUAUCUAAAUUUAU